AUGUUGUUGGGCCGUAUGGUGCAAUUCUUCCUCGGCAACCGAAGAGUCUAUAAAAUCAAAGCCAAGCUCUUCACCUGGAUCUUCAUCUUUCUGGACAUAGUCUCCUUCCUGGUACAAGCCGCUGGAGCUCUCAUGGCGAACGAUCAAGAUGCGCCAGAAAUUGUGAAACAAGGCCUCCACGGCUACAUGGGAGGCAUCGGGCUACAACAAUUCAUCAUUUUCAUCUUUACCUCCAUGGCUAUCCGCUUCCAGACAAAGGUCAAGGAGCGGGAACGACGCAAUCUCUAUGCCGGCGAGCGAAUCUCAAUGACCGAAUACCGUUCUCCCCGCCAAGCCCGCAAACUUCUCCACGUUAUCUAUGUGGUCCUUGGUUAA